UCACACCACCCCGUCUUUUUUUUCCCUCUCUGUAUUUGGGCUGUUAUUAAAUAGCACAAAGAAAUUAUCAGUUAAGAAAACUAAAGUCUCUUAUAGUCAAUUGAUUUUCUUCAUCAGCGGAAAAACAUGAAGAGCAGAGGCAAAUUACUGGGACAAAGAUGGUGGAGCUUAGGGUUACCUUCGGUUUUUCUCCUUUGUCUUUUCUUCUUCCUCGUCGGUUUAUUCGGUUCUACUCUCAUCUCUCAGCAGGAUGUACAAGUAGAUAGUGUACGACCGAGGUCGAGGGUGCUUGAAUCUGUGGAAGAAUUUGAUGCUUUGCCCAAUGGCGAGACUGGAGAACAUUCCCUCACUUCCAUCUCCUUUCAGGUCUUAAGCUGGUUCCCGCGUGCAGUAUACUUUCCCAAUUUCGCAACUGAAGAACAAUGCCAAGGCAUUAUUAAGAUGGCAAAGGCGGAGCUGAAACCAUCAGCUUUGGCUCUCCGCAAAGGAGAAACAGCAGAGAAUACCAAAGGAAUUAGAACAAGUUCUGGCAUGUUUAUCAGUUCAUCUGAAGACAAAACUGGAAUUUUGGACCUCAUUGAGGAAAAAAUUGCAAGGGCGACUAUGAUCCCCAGGACACAUGGAGAGGCAUUUAAUGUGUUGCGGUAUGAAAUCGGCCAGAGUUAUCAUUCACAUUAUGAUGCAUUUGAUCCUUCUCAAUAUGGUCCUCAGAAGAGCCAAAGGGUUGCAUCCUUUUUAUUGUAUUUAUCUGAUGUGGAAGAAGGUGGAGAAACCAUGUUUCCUUUCGAGAAUGGGCAGAACAUGGAUGCUAAUUAUGACUUCCGCAAGUGUAUUGGUUUGAAAGUGAAGCCGCGUAGAGGGGAUGGACUACUGUUCUACUCACUGUUUCCAAAUGGUACAAUUGAUCCGACAUCUCUUCACGGGAGCUGUCCAGUAAUCAGAGGCGAAAAAUGGGUUGCCACAAAGUGGAUCAGGGAUCAGGAACUUGAUGAAUAAACAAGGACGUGUAGUCCACAAUAUUCUUUGCAAGUUACUGAGAAUCAUUAAUGAGGCUUUUUGGGAGAACAAGGACUUUAAUUGGUGUAAUGCCUGUAAAUAGAGGCUCCAGGGCAUUCCCUAAUCAUAGGAAGGUGUAAUGCCUGUAAUUGCUUAAUUCAAAUCAAGCAUCUUAUUAAAUGUUCCCGUAAAAACGAUCUUGUUAUUAGAUUGUUUUACCACAUUAGUCUCAA